AUGUCAAACCAAUUGAAGCCAAAGAAGAAGGUCACUUUCCUAGACGACCACCCUGCUUGUAUGGGCAUCUCUGACAACGAAUCGACGUGCGCCGUUGUCGGAUCCGACAACGAACCAGACAAGGCUAUUUCCGCCGUAGCAAGAAUCAAAAAGAAAGACAAUUACGAGGAGGAGAUGCCUGCGUGUAACUCUACCGACGAUGCUUCUGACACUGAUCUUGAGUGGACGCGAGCGCAUGAUGGUCUAAUCUGCGUCCUGAAAUCCCAAGGGAACUCUUGGGCCGAGAUAGGGAAGGUUGUCAAGCGCAGCAGAAGAGAAUGCCAACGGCGCCACCGCGAGCUCUCUGCCCAUGCAAAAGGGCUAGGUUUCACUACCGACAAGCUGGCGAAGCUGUACAUAAACGACUAUGAUGCGAUGGCUCAGCCCAAAGCCAAGAAGGGCAGCAAAACUACGAACAAGUCUAAGGACAACAACGAAGAGAAUGACGAGAACUCGGCGUCGAAGGGCAAGGGGAAAUCAAAGGAAGAUACGUCGAAGCCCGCCAAGUCUGAAUCAGCGACAACGAGUAAAUCGAAGAAAAGAAAGGUUACGGUAACAUUUGCCUCUUCUUCGUCGGACUCGUCGGACUCGUGUUCAGAAGCUACCGACGACGAGGCACAGGAGUAUUACGAAUCGCGCCGCUACCAGGCAGACACGGUGUACGCCCAGAUGUACCCGGACCAGAAGACCCUCAAGCCAGACCGCUUCUACAGCGAGAGCGACUGCCGCGUGCUCGCGGGCCUCGAGGCGCGAUAUCGCGCCAACAAGUGGUUGCAUAUCCAGGCUGAUUUUUGCAACGCCACGGGCCGCAUGGUGGAAGCGGAGAUUCUGAAGGCCAAGUUCGACGAGGAGUAG